CGGGAUUUGUCCUCAUUAAUUAAGAGUGGUACGCGAAAACGAGUCGUGUCAUCAAUGAACUCAUGUCACUUCCUUUUCUCUCCGCCGCCUCUCCGAUCUCUGAAGCAAAACUGCACGAACCCAUUUCGCAAUAGAGAGAAACACACACAACAGCUCUCGGCUUUUCAAUCCAUACAAGCAAUCCAUCUCUAUACAAAAUGGGUCGCUACGAUAGAAACCAUCUGCUGGUGAAGAAAGGGGGCGGCGGCGGCACGGGGUUGGUUGACGGCGACGAAGAUGAGGAAUCUCGUAGCAAGAGAGCAAAACCCAAUCUUUUGAUUAUCCUCUUUCUCUCCCUCUUUUCUUGCAUAAUUAUUUUCAAUGUCUUGCAUUCAUUUGGAUUUAAAGGUGAAGGGCAUCCUUCUGUUUGCUCCUCAAUCUCCAAUGGUCAGUUUAGUCAUUUCCUUCAAUUUGUACCAAUUUUCUUGAUUUUUUAGUUUUUUCUCUUCGUUUCUUCACUGGAGUUGCCUGAUUUCUAUUUUCACCGUAUCUUUUCAGGUAGAGAUAUUACCCAAAAUGAGACUAAAAAAGUUUGGAAAUUCCAAAAUAGGACUUCCAUGUUUUGAUUCCCGAAAUAGGACUAAUUACUGUCAUGUUUUGACAGUACAAGACUUCAAACAUGGCAGUAUUUUCCAAAUUUGGCAGUAAUUAGUCCUAUUUUGGGAAUAAAAACAUGACAGUCCUAUUUUGGAAUUUUCAAACUUUUUUAGUCCCAUUUCGGGAACUUUCCCUUUUGAAUUUAAUUUAGUAAUAUUAUGGAAAAGGCCUUCUGUAUAAAUUCUAAAUGAAUGAUUUGCUUAGUGAAUAAUAGGCCUCACUUUGAAGAAAUUCUAAAUGGACCGGUGCUAGAACCUGGUGAACAUGUUUUCAGAUUUGAAAAAGGAAAUUUGGAAAAUGAAAAAUGAAAAUUGGGUAACAAAAAACUGGAAAAUAAAAACAGAAAAUUGGUGAUUGGAAAACAGAAAAGAUAAUUGGAAAAUAUCUCUGUUAGAAAAUUGGAAAAAUCUUAACUUUUCUAUGACUGAAGUUUGCCUAGGAAUGAAGUUUAUUUGCUUGAAUGUGCAGAAGUAAGCUAUUAAGCUAUGAAUAAUGAGAAUUGAUUUUAUCUUUUCAAAAGGAACUAUUUGCUGUGAUAGAAGCGGCUCCAGGUCUGAUGUGUGUGUCAUGAAAGGGGAUGUAAGAACACACCCUUCUUCAUCUUCAGUUGUGCUCCUCAGAAACUAUGAUCCCAAAACUCAAGUUAUCCCACUCGAAAAGAUCAAGCCUUAUACUAGAAAAUGGGAAACAAGUAUCAUGGACACCAUUGAUGAACUACAUCUCGUCGUGAAGAAAAAGGGUGACGCCACCCGCCAUCAAUGUGAUGUCCAGCACAAUGCCCCGGCUGUCGUAUUCUCGACCGGAGGCUACACUGGGAAUGCAUACCAUGAAUUCAAUGAUGGGAUUUUGCCCUUAUACAUCACUUCUCAACAUUUCAACCGUAAGGUCGUUUUUGUCAUUCUUGAAUAUCACAACUGGUGGAUUUCCAAGUACAAUGACAUUCUUCCCCAUCUCUCCGACUACCCUCCUGUGGAUUUUCGAGAUAACCGGAUCCACUGUUUCCCUGAAGCAAUAGUUGGGUUAAGAAUCCAUGAUGAGCUCACCAUUGAUCCUUUGUUGAUGAAAGCUAACAAGAGCAUGAGUGAUUUUAGGGAGCUUCUUGACCAAGCUUAUUUGCCAAGAAUCCGUGGUCUUAUUCAAGAAGAAAUGGAAAAUCAUUCUCCCUCAGCAAAGGAGGAAAAAAACUUUGACGUACCAAAACUUGUUAUAAUGGCCAGGAACGGGUCCAGAGAAAUACUUAAUGAAGACUCAUUGGUGAGAUUGGCUGAGGAAAUCGGUUUCCAAGUGGAAAUUUUGAUACCUAAUAAGACCUUAGAGCUAGCGAGGAUUUAUAGAGUUCUUAAUUCAAGUGACGUUAUGGUUGGAGUCCAUGGUGCUGCGAUGACUCAUUUCCUCUUCAUGAGGCCUGCAAGGGGAUCAGUCUUUAUCCAAAUUAUUCCAUUGGGAACAGAUUGGGCAGCAGAAACUUACUUUGGUGCACCAGUAAAGAAGAUGGGAUUGAGCUACAUUGGCUACAAAAUCCUACCAGAUGAAAGCACUUUGUAUGAUGAAUAUGACAAGAAAGACCCUGUACUUACGGAUUCAAAUAGCGUGAAUGUGAAAGGAUGGGAAUUUACCAAAGAGGUGUACCUUGAUCGCCAAAAUGUCAGGUUGAACCUGAGAAGGUUUCAGAAGAGUCUUCUCCGUGCCUAUUAUUACACUAUUGCUGUGAAAAAUAGACGAUCCAGAAAGGGAAGUCGGUAACAUUUUGGGGUAUAAUUGUGGCAUACGUUCAUAUCAACUCUUAUAUUGUUCCUAACUUUGCUGUAAAUAUUUUGUGAACAUCGUUGAUGUGCUAUUUUUGUGUACAUCAUCCAUUAUAGAGCCAAAAAUCCAUAAACUCUCAUUAAGGCGAAUACCACUCUCAAGUUCUGAAUCUGUUUACCGAGCACCAUUUAUUUGCUAAUUGCUUGCCUCUUCGGUACAUGUUGAUAGAAGUAGCAAUCUGUCCACCCGCUUUACAAACCAUAUUGUACAUCCAAUAGUAUUUUUCUAAUUUUUG